CACACACAUACACAGCAGCAGCAGCAAACAGCACACAACACGCACAGCACGCACCCGACACAUUCUCCCCCACAUUGUUUGGUUGCCGGAGCUGGUUUUGUUUCGUCGUCUGCUUGCUUGUUCUGCUUGCUUGUUCUGCUUGCUUCUUCUGCGUCGACGACGACAUUUCUCCUCCCUCUUUUCCCUUCUCUGCACUCCCUCUUUCUCACCUCUCCGCCAUCCUCUCCCAUUCCCACCUCUCGUUGCUGUGAAGCGCUCGCUCGUGGACGCAAGAGUCUCCUCCACGCGUGUGCAUCUGGCUGUGUUCCAGCAGCUACUCAUUGAUUCGUCUCGCCUACUCCCCCACACACUUCCCCUUCCUUGCCUCCCCCCCCCUUGUUCCUGUCCCGCGACCCACAUAUCUGCUUCCUUCCUUCCUUUCUUCUUCCCUUCCAUUUGCAAUGCGCGCAACAACGAAGGCCAAGCGGCGAGAGCUGGCUGCAGCCAGCAGCAUGGGCGGCAGCGACGGCGAUCGCGGCUCCUCCAUCGUGCAGAUGCCAAACCCGCAGUUUGCCAUGGAGAAGCAGAUGAUCGUCUCCCGCCAGCAGGGCGGGCCAUACACCAUUGACGAGCUUGAGGAGAACUACGACUACAGCGAGCUCUGCCUGUGCACGCCCUUCAAGUUCUUCCUGUUCCUGCUCCUCAUCGCCGGCCUCGUGCUCGCCGGGCUGUAUGGCGACGGCGUCCUUGGCCCCAAGAAGUCGCAAUCCAGCGGCAGCAACGGCAUCUACACCACCUCCUUCCUCACCACCUUCAUGCCCGACAACGACGACGCCCCCGAUUCCAGUUCCACGGAGAGCCCAUACGCCUUCCGCGACGUGCUACCGGAUCCCUUGCCCAUUGUAACCAGGAAAACCUCGGAGUGCUCCCCCAACGCUUGCGUGCUGCCAGACUGCGGGUGCAUCGGCCAGACAACACCGCCGCGCGACCUCCCCGUGGCAGAUGUGCCGCAGAUUGUCAUGCUCACCUUCGACGACGCCAUCAACAACGAGGUCUACCCGUACUACGAGCGCCUCUUCCGCAACCGCAAGAACCCCAACAACUGCCCCAUCACGUCCACCUUCUUCGUCUCCCACCGCUUCACAAACUACCGCCUCGUCCAGAGCCUCUACCACGACAGGCACGAGAUUGCGUCCCACACCAUCAGCCACACCCACACGGACGCGUGGGAGGAGGAGAUUCUCGGGCAGCGCGAAAUCAUCCGCAACUUUGCCUUUGUUCCCUCCAACCAGGUGACGGGCUUCCGCGCGCCCUUCCUGCAGCCCGGUGGCGACCAGCAGUUCAUUGCGCUCGCCCGCAACGGCUUCAACCGCGACUCAACCCUCAUUGAGAAGGACUUCACCAACCCGCCGCUGUACCCGUACACGCUGGACUGGGUCAAGUCCACCACGUGUGUUGUUGAGCCGUGCCCGGCCCAGUACUCGUACCAAGGCCUGUGGGAAUUUCCCGUCACGCAGUGGGAGUCCGUCGACGGCUCCGUUCGCUACGGGAUGGCUGACGAGUAUGCGCCACCCACAAAGAAGGCUGCGCUGCAGUACUUCCGCCACAACUUCAACCGCCACUUCAACGAGAACCGCGCCCCUUUCAACAUGUACAUGCACGCGUCGUGGUUCGACAACUACCCGCACGUGCUCGAGGCGCUGGACGAGUUUAUCGACGAGCUGUUGCGACACGACGAAGUGUACAUGGUGUCCCAGGCGCAGGCCCUCGACUGGAUGCACACGCCCGUCUCGCUGGACCGCGUGUUCAAGCUGGACUCGUGGCAGUGCGACACAGAGGUGGAAGGCCCCCCGCCCUGCACAGCCGCAGAGGCAAAGAAAUGCGUGUUCCAAGACCCUGUCACGGGCAACCCCAUCACGCUCGAGACGUGCGCAGAGGAGUGCCCAAAGAAGUUCCCCUGGGUCGGAAACCCAGCUGGCGAAAAGAACUGAGAGGGUGACAGUGUUAGUGCUGCUGAUGAUGAUGCUGGUGUUGUGCCGUUGUACGACAUUGGGCAUUUGUCACACACGCACGCACACAACGCUGUCAUGUGACAUCCGGUGCCGUGUGACAAUCGGGUGGAAUGGGUUGAUGUUCCCCCUCUUCCCCCAGCACGACGUACAGUCUAAACCACCAUCUGCAUUCACCAUUUGCGUUCGACACUGCUGCCGUAUUGUGAUUUUCUGAUUGAGAGCUGGCUUUGGGGGGGGGGGGGGAAGAGAGUCGGUGAAAACAGAGCGAGAGUGAUGUUUCCUUUUAGAUGCGCGUGUCAGGCGUCAACACGCGUCGUGGCUGCUGUGUGUCGCCCCUUGUUUCUCUAUUGAUUCUUCAGUUGUUGCUUGCUUGAUUGUACUGAAAUGCACGCAUGUGUGUUGUGUGAUGUGAUGUGUUUGUGAUGUUGUGUGAUGUGUAUGUGAUGUUUCGACCUUACGCGACAGCGAGACGGUAUCUCGGUGUUGGUCUUGUGUCUGUGUGUCUGUGUGUCUGUGUGCGUUGAAAACGAAAGUACGCGAGGCAUAGAGGCAUGUUGCUCUGCUCUUCGCAAGUAAAAGGACCGCCAAACAAAGCCA